CGGUAUUUUACUUUCACUUCCGGAGGACACAGCUUGUCGUGCCUACUUCUUGCGCGCAGCACCAGUCUAUUCCUUGACUCUUUUCUUCUCUUAGCAGGAGACCUGUGCUUUGCCAACUUUUCCACGGUUUUACGCAAACGCAUUAAUCUUUCACCUGCACCAUGUCCGCUGCAAAUGCUAAGAUCGGCAAACCUGCCCCAGACUUUAAAGCCACAGCUGUAGUGGAUGGACAGUUCAAGGAGAUCAGGCUCUCAGACUACAGAGGAAAGUAUGUGAUCUUCUUUUUCUAUCCUCUGGACUUCACAUUUGUGUGCCCUACUGAGAUUGUGGCCUUCAGCGACAGGGCAGAGGAGUUCCGCAGUAUCGGCUGUGAGGUUAUAGGCUGCUCCAUAGACUCUCAUUUCAGCCACUUGGCAUGGAUCAACACACCAAGGAAGCAGGGAGGUCUGGGUAACAUGAAAAUCCCCCUUGUGGCAGACAUCACCAAGACCAUCUCCAGAGACUAUGGUGUGCUGAAGGAGGAAGAUGGUGUUGCAUACAGGGGUCUGUUUGUAAUUGACGACAAGGGCACCUUGAGGCAGAUCACUAUCAAUGACUUGCCUGUGGGUCGUUCUGUGGACGAGACUCUGCGUCUGGUGCAGGCCUUCCAGCACACUGACAAACAUGGAGAGGUGUGCCCUGCUGGCUGGAAACCUGGGAACCCCACAAUUAUCCCUGACGUCCAAAAGAGCAAGGACUUCUUCUCCAAGCAGUAAAUGGGAAGCUCUUUCAGCUGGCUUUCUAACAUAGCACUUGCCUUCAGAUGAGCGAGUCCCUCUGACGUUCAGUCUAAUCUGCUAAACCCAACAAAUGUUCAGUUUUUGUUGGAGGGAAAAAAAGUCUUUACCUGCAAAUCUUUUGUCCGAUUUGGUUGGGCAGCCUCAUAGUCUCAAGCACUGAUAGUGUAGUUUGUUCCUUUUUGUUAAAGAAACUUUGUUCUUGCUGUCAUUAAUAAUGUUACCAUCUUUAUUAAAGCUGACUGACAUUCUA